AAUAUCGAGGCUUAUCCUUCGUGUGUUGAAACCAACUCCGCUUUCUAUCUCUAGCAAUAGCAAACACAAGUGUGGAAGAACUCCUCCUUUGCCUCUUCAAACUCAUAAAAAAUCAGCAAGAGAUUUCGGCGAGCAUGAAUCAAAGUGGAUAUACUGUGGAAGUCACUGGACUCUCCCCCAAAGCCACGGAGAAGGACGUUUUUGAUUUCUUCGCUUUCUCCGGUGCCAUUGAGCAUAUGGAAAUCAUCAGAUCUGGUGAAUAUGCAAGUACUGGCUAUGUGACAUUCAAAGAUGCUUAUUCUCAGGAGACUGCUGUCUUACUCAGUGGUGCUACCAUUUUAGAUCAGCGUGUAUGUAUAACAAGGUGGGGGAAUUAUGAGGAUGACUUUGACUUUUGGAACAGGCCUUCAAGGGGGCUUGAAGAUGAAAGAGAUUCAACUCCUCCACAAAGAAUCCAAUUACCUACUGCUGGAGAAGCAGUUUCAAUGGCUCAGGAUGUUGUCAAGACCAUGCUUGCUAAGGGAUAUGUACUAGGAAAAGAUGCUUUAACCAAUGCAAAGGCCUUUGAUGAGUCCCACCAAGUUUCAGCUACUGCUGCAGCUAGAGUUGCUGAACUGAGUGAGAAGAUUGGCCUUACUGAUAAGUUCUGUGCUGGAGUUGAGGCUGUGAGAUCUGUGGAUCAGAGGUACCAAGUCUCAGAGACCACCAAAUCUGCCAUUUCAGCAGCAGGAAGAACAGCUGCAGCUGCUGCCGAAUCUGUGGUUAACAGCAGCUACUUCUCUAGAGGCGCACUUUGGGUAUCAGAUGCUUUAAAUCGUGCAGCCAAAGCUGCAGCGGAUAUGGGCAAUCGUGGUCUUCAGCAUUAAUGCAUUUGGGUAACAGAAUAUCUGCCGUUGAUCUUGUAUACAAGAAUGUUUUAAUGUGUUCAUCUUUAAUAUUACUGUGGAGUUGAGACUAAAACACUUGAUUCUAAGGAGAGAAAGUAAAGUAGAAAAGGAGAAAGAUUGCACCUUUCGCUGUAUAUAAGAAUAUAUCAUCACUAAUGCAAAUCAUCUCUUUUGAAAUUUAAAUACUGCAAUUGCAAAGCCUGGUUCUAAUGCAAAUCAGGUUCUCUGGUUAAAAUAAGUGUAUUACUGUUGU